AUGAAGAUCCAUCUCUCCACGAUCCUAUUUACCUUGAGGCUUGUCCUCGCAGCAGAAGAGAUUGUUGGGGGAAGCCAAGCCCGUAUUGAAGACUACCCCUACCAAGUAUCCCUUCACAACAACGACACCUUUCUUUGCGGUGGUUCAAUCAUUAGCACAGAGCAUAUCUUAACAGCUGCUCACUGUGUUACCCCCUAUCUCGGCCGACCCUUGAGCGUCCGAGUAGGCUCCUCGGAGUACGAAUCAGGCGGCGAGUUGAUAGACGUUGCCAAAGCCACGCCGCAUCUAGAGUUCGACACCAGCACCUUACAGAACGACAUUGCCAUUCUCCGGCUUGCCAAAAACCUCGAGUUCGGACCCAAGGUUUUGCCUGUCGAGCUUCCAUGCUCUUGUGAUGGGGAUCCUGCGACUGGGACUAAAUGCUCUGUCUCGGGUUGGGGAGCUACCACUGCAGAUGGCGAUGUUGUCCCCCAUCUGCGGGCCGCUUUUGUGCCCAUCACGGACCACAAGGAAUGCGCGGAGAAUUUAGCGGCGAGCGGGCAUGAUCAUGUCACGGACUUGAUGAUCUGUGCUGGGGAAGUCGCUGGAGGAAGGGAUAGCUGUUCAGGGGAUAGUGGUGGUCCGCUCGUCGACGUCAGCUCGAAGAAGCAGGUUGGUGUUGUGUCUUGGGGCUUUGGAUGUGGGAGACCAGGGUUUGAAGGUGUAUAUACUAGCACUGCAGCCUACGAAGCCUGGAUUUUGGAAAACAGUCUUCUGUAG